GUCAUCCUGACACUGUCGACGGCGAGAGAGGGAUGCUACCUCCGUCACGGAAGGACACGCGUGAAUCUCUCAGUCGCUGUGGACUUUUUUCGCCCCCUUUUUUAGCUUUUUUUUUUUACUCUCUCCUUUGCCGCCAGACAGGGGCUCCGAUGAAGAGGACCGCACAUUGUUGACUGACGAGCGGCGCACUUGACGGGUGUGUGGGGGGGGGGGAUUAUACGGUGCUUCGAGGGGCUGCGAUGUUAAAUGCGGUUGGCAUGGACUGGGCUGUGGACGCCGGGAGCCGGGAGAGCUUUCACGGACGCCGAUAAGUGUGCUUAGCAUACGUCCCGAUUCCUGUGGUCCGACUGACUGCGGCCUUGGCCCCGCACCCUGACUUUGAGUGAUUAGUCAUCGCCUCCAAGGGCAAUUGCACGGCAAGACAACAAGAGGAAGAAAAAAAAUAAAAGAAACUCUCGGGAGUUGGGAGCUCUGCCGCAGUGGAUGGUGGAGGUGGUGGCAGAGGUGGUGAGUCAUUCGCCUCGGCAGAUGCAACAAAUUAUUCAUCAUCUGUGAACAGCCCAGAAUACAUAAUUUACGAGGACCAAUUUCCGACUGGAGACCAAUAUGAAGGACGUGUCGUUCGUGGAUCGUUUCUUUGUCGGCUUGGCCUUGGCCUCUUUUGUCGUGGCCACCGACAAAAGGCCAGACUGCCCAAAACUCUGCGUAUGCGAGAUUAGACCCUGGUUUUCUCCCAGUUCUGCAUACAUGGAAGCACACACUGUUGACUGCAACGAUCUGGGACUAUUUAAUCUGCCAGAGAAACUACCCGUCGGCACCCAAGUACUGCUCCUACAGACAAACAAUGUGGUCAGAAUCGACAAACCCUUGGAUUACCUGGCCAACAUCACAGAGAUUGAUCUCUCGCAAAACAACGUCUCGUCCAUGAGCGACGUCCAUCUUGGGACUCUGCCUCAGCUGCUGUCCCUACACAUGGAGGAGAACCGAAUACAAGAGCUGCCCGACCGCUGUCUGGCAGAGCUGGCUAAUCUUCAAGAGCUCUAUCUCAAUCACAACCUCAUCUCCUCCAUUUCCCAACUGGCUUUUCAAGGUCUCGGCAGGCUUCUGCGGCUACACCUCAAUUCCAACAAGCUGCAAACCAUUCGCAGAGAGUGGUUCGACCCCAUGCCCAAUCUGGAGAUUCUGAUGAUCGGAGAGAACCCGGUGCUGUCCAUCGACGAGAUGAACUUCAAACCUCUCAGCAGCCUGCGCAGUCUGGUUCUCACCAGAAUGAACCUGUCUCAGCUCCCGGAAAGGGCUUUGGCCGGCCUUGAUAACUUGGAGAGCAUUUCUUUCUAUGAUAACACGUUCCCCGAGGUGCCACAUUCCGCCCUGAGAAAUGCAAAAAACCUGAAGUUUUUGGAUCUAAAUAAAAACCCAAUAGCAAGGAUACAGCGAGGGGAUUUUGUGGACAUGCUGCAUUUGAAAGAGCUCGGGAUUAAUAGCAUGCCGGAGCUUGUUUCCAUCGACAGCUUUGCACUGAAUAAUCUGCCUGAGCUGACCAAAAUAGAAGCCACCAACAAUCCUAAACUCUCCUACAUUCACCCAAACGCGUUCUACAAACUGCCUCGGCUGGAAACCCUAAUGCUGAACGGCAAUGCGCUCAGUGCGCUCCACAGAAUAACCGUGGAGUCGCUCCCGAACCUCAGAGAGGUUAGUAUGCACAGCAACCCCAUCCGCUGUGACUGCGUGGUACGCUGGAUGAACAUGAACAAGACCAACAUCCGCUUCAUGGAGCCCGACUCCUUGUACUGUGUGGAGCCCCCGGAGUACGAAGGCCAGCAUGUCCGACAGGUGCACUUCAGGGAGAUGAUGGAGAUUUGUCUGCCGCUUAUCUCCCCGGAAAGCAUGCCCGGGCAUAUUAAAGUGCACAGCGGGAGCUCGGUGUCGCUCCAUUGCCGGGCAUUUGCUGAACCGGAGCCAGACAUCUACUGGAUCACACCGUCCGGGGGUAAAGUUCUCCCCAACACGGUGUCCGAUAAGUUCUACAUGCAUCCGGAAGGGACCUUCGACAUCUAUGACAUCACUGAAAAAGAAGCGGGCCCUUACACGUGUGUUGCUCACAACCUGGUCGGAGCUGACCUGAAGUCAGUGUCGGUAGAGGUGAACGGAUACUUCCCCCAAGCUCCAAACGGUUCUCUCAGUCUCCAGAUCAAUACAGUGGGGACAAACUCCAUCCUGAUUUCCUGGAAGGCCAGCCCGGGCACUCUGGCUCCUAACAUCAAGUGGUACGCCCCGUCAAACGCGAACCAUCCGGCCGCCUCCUUUUCCACCAGGGUGCCGUCCGACGUCCAAAUCUACAACCUGACGCGCCUCAGCCCCGCCACUCAGUACAAAGUGUGCGUGGACGUCCGCAGCAUCCACUACAAGCACGACACCAAAUGCGUCAGUGUCACCACCAAGGGAUUAGAGCUCUUGGCCAAGGAAACGGAAAAAUGGGACACGGCGCUAAUCACCGCCUUUGGUGUGCUCUUGGCCGGGAUUUCAGUGGGCUGCCUGCUUAUUUAUGCGACUCUGAGGAUCCGCCAACUUAAUGGGGAUUUAAGGAAAUGCGACUCCAAAGCUUUGCUGUCCCCUGGACACGCACCCUUUUUUACCAGGCUGUGGUUUUCGGGUAGGGCGCUGCCGAGCGGAGCGGAAGUGAAAGCCACGGUCAUAAACGUGUCCGACGACGCCUUUUAGGGAGACGUGACUUCGGGGCAAGGGUGGACAACUCAGACACUAUUAUCGGACUGGGAUAGAACUGUGCUGCUCUCCCAGCUUAAACCCCCGACUGAGGGUGUGGGGUUUGCUUUGUAACUGUACCAUCCGGCGAGGCAAAUACGUCAAGCGAACGGGGCAUUGACUGCCGGAAGACAUUAUUUAAGCGCAGAAAGGAAGGUGGGGACGGUGGAAGAGGAGGAGGAGGUUGGGUUCUCGUGUAACUGACUGUUAAAUUUGUCCAAGAGUUGUGGAAAUGUCCGUGUGGUCCCAAGCAAUACCGUCUGUGCUUUGUCAAACACCCAUAGACGAGUUAGCGAUACAAUAAUAACACCUGUCUGUACCGGGGGGAAAGGAGAUUUAGUAGACUAGACAAAUAACAGUGAACUAUGGUGUAAAGCCUUUUGAUGAUCCCCCUCUUUUUCUAUUUACAACGGAUCCUUUGGUUUUUUCAUGGACAUAUUGGUAUAUAUUAUGUUACCCACGAAUCCUCUGUAUCCGGAACACUUUUCAAUUGGCUUUUACACGAACACGUUGGAUGACAGUGUAACCUUUCACGAAACGGGUGUCAG